CUUGCUCUUUGUCCUUACUCUUGAUUGUCCUCUGUCAUCUUCCUUAAGUUCUCUGUCUUCUAAUGCACUUUACCUUCCCUUUGAUUUUUUUUUUUUUCUAUCCAGAAAAGAAAAGAAGCCACUACAAAAAGUAAAGGAGGGGCAAAGGUGAUUUAGAAGUCUGGGGGCCAGAAGGAAGGGGAAGUAGUAUAGAAUAGGAGCUCUAGGAAAGACUUUAAAUGCAGAUUUCAACUUGUCCUGCUGCAUUGUUUUUUCUUUUGGUAAGCAGUUAUUGAACACCUUGAGUAGCAGUCUUUUAUGGUUUCCUCACAGUCUUUGUAAGUCUCUUUGUUUAGCUCUUUCAGUACGUAAACCUCUGUCACUGACUUGUUCUUGCUUACCUAAAUAUUAUUUUGAUUAUGUUAGUGAUGACGAGCACACUGAUUUUCUUAUAUUUUUUUUUAUUUUCUUACUGAGAGGAAUUCAGCAAGCAGGAGCUGAUCAUGGUCCUUCCCACUUGGGGGUCAGUAAAGUUCCCCUGACUUUUGGGGCAUAUCUUAAGACCUUUGGCGUUAGCAGCCAGAACCAGCUGAGGGAAGGAAAGUUUGGAGGCGGCAGGAUGUGAGAGAGGAAGCGACCAUGCUGUGUGCAGGGAGGCGAGCUGCCACAGAGAGAGGGCACCGAUGGAGGAGCAGCCAGGCAGCUGCUGCAGGAGAGCCAGGCACAGGAGCUUCCCGAGGGGCCAGGAAGAUCCCCCACUAGGGGGCAUUGAUUAAGAGGCCUUGUGCAGGAACUCGGGGCUAUAGGGGUGUCAGAUGUACCUAGUUAAAUUUGAAAACCUUCAAUUUCGUGUCCUGGCACUGGCUCUUCCCCGGGCUGUCUGUCGUGGGUGAGCUAUUGCAGCAUAGACUUCACAUUGGCUAACCCAAAACAGAGACUGGGAGGAGCCCCUUACAACACCUGUAGUUUCCACAUGGUGCAAGAUCACUCUUGAAACUGGAGGCUGGCAGCCCAUACCCAGAGCUGGUAGAUUGUAGUUCAUGGUGCUGUUGAAAUACAACUCGUGUUUAAAGAAUUUGGGCCCAAUGAGUUGCUGAUAUGUGUUCAAGAUGAGUGGGAUGGGAGAAAAUACCUCUGACCCCUCCAGGGCAGAGACAAGAAAGCGCAAGGAAUGUCCUGACCAACUUGGACCCAGCCCCAAAAGGAACACUGAAAAACGUAAUCGUGAACAGGAAAAUAAAUAUAUAGAAGAACUUGCAGAGUUGAUUUUUGCAAAUUUUAAUGAUAUAGACAACUUUAACUUCAAACCUGACAAAUGUGCAAUCUUAAAAGAAACUGUGAAGCAAAUUCGUCAGAUCAAAGAACAAGAGAAAGCAGCAGCUGCCAACAUAGAUGAAGUGCAGAAGUCAGAUGUAUCCUCUACAGGGCAGGGUGUCAUCGACAAGGAUGCGCUGGGGCCUAUGAUGCUUGAGGCCCUUGAUGGGUUCUUCUUUGUAGUGAACCUGGAAGGCAACGUUGUGUUUGUGUCAGAGAAUGUGACACAGUAUCUAAGGUAUAACCAAGAAGAGCUGAUGAACAAAAGUGUAUAUAGCAUCUUGCAUGUUGGGGACCACACGGAAUUUGUCAAAAACCUGCUGCCAAAGUCUAUAGUAAAUGGGGGAUCUUGGUCCGGCGAACCUCCGAGGCGGAACAGCCAUACCUUCAAUUGUCGGAUGCUGGUAAAACCUUUACCUGAUUCAGAAGAGGAGGGUCAUGAUAACCAGGAAGCUCAUCAGAAAUAUGAAACUAUGCAGUGCUUCGCUGUCUCUCAACCAAAGUCCAUCAAAGAAGAAGGAGAAGAUUUGCAGUCCUGCUUGAUUUGCGUGGCAAGAAGAGUUCCCAUGAAGGAAAGACCAGUUCUUCCCUCAUCAGAAAGUUUUACUACUCGCCAGGAUCUCCAAGGCAAGAUCACAUCUCUGGAUACCAGCACCAUGAGAGCAGCCAUGAAACCAGGCUGGGAGGACCUGGUAAGAAGGUGUAUUCAGAAGUUCCAUGCGCAGCAUGAAGGAGAAUCUGUGUCCUAUGCUAAGAGGCAUCAUCAUGAAGUACUGAGACAAGGAUUGGCAUUCAGUCAAAUCUAUCGUUUUUCCUUGUCUGAUGGCACUCUUGUUGCUGCACAAACGAAGAGCAAACUCAUCCGUUCUCAGACUACUAAUGAACCUCAACUUGUAAUAUCUUUACAUAUGCUUCACAGAGAGCAGAAUGUGUGUGUGAUGAAUCCGGAUCUGACUGGACAAACGAUGGGGAAGCCACUGAAUCCAAUUAGCUCUAACAGCCCUGCCCAUCAGGCCCUGUGCAGUGGGAACCCAGGUCAGGACAUGACCCUCAGUAGCAAUAUAAAUUUUCCCAUAAAUGGCCCAAAGGAACAAAUGGGCAUGCCCAUGGGCAGGUUUGGUGGUUCUGGGGGAAUGAACCAUGUGUCAGGCAUGCAAGCAACCACUCCUCAGGGUAGUAACUAUGCACUCAAAAUGAACAGCCCCUCACAAAGCAGCCCUGGCAUGAAUCCAGGACAGCCCACCUCCAUGCUUUCACCAAGGCAUCGCAUGAGCCCUGGAGUGGCUGGCAGCCCUCGAAUCCCACCCAGUCAGUUUUCCCCUGCAGGAAGCUUGCAUUCCCCUGUGGGAGUUUGCAGCAGCACAGGAAAUAGCCAUAGUUAUACCAACAGCUCCCUCAAUGCACUUCAGGCCCUCAGCGAGGGGCACGGGGUCUCAUUAGGGUCAUCGUUGGCUUCACCAGACCUAAAAAUGGGCAAUUUGCAAAACUCCCCAGUUAAUAUGAAUCCUCCCCCACUCAGCAAGAUGGGAAGCUUGGACUCAAAAGACUGUUUUGGACUAUAUGGGGAGCCCUCUGAAGGUACAACUGGACAAGCAGAGAGCAGCUGCCAUCCUGGAGAGCAAAAGGAAACAAAUGACCCCAACCUGCCCCCGGCCGUGAGCAGUGAGAGAGCUGACGGGCAGAGCAGACUGCAUGACAGCAAAGGGCAGACCAAACUCCUGCAGCUGCUGACCACCAAAUCUGAUCAGAUGGAGCCCUCGCCCUUAGCCAGCUCUUUGUCGGAUACAAACAAAGACUCCACAGGUAGCUUGCCUGGUUCUGGGUCUACACAUGGAACCUCGCUCAAGGAGAAGCAUAAAAUUUUGCACAGACUCUUGCAGGACAGCAGUUCCCCUGUGGACUUGGCCAAGUUAACAGCAGAAGCCACAGGCAAAGACCUGAGCCAGGAGUCCAGCAGCACAGCUCCUGGAUCAGAAGUGACUAUUAAACAAGAGCCGGUGAGCCCCAAGAAGAAAGAGAAUGCACUACUUCGCUAUUUGCUAGAUAAAGAUGAUACUAAAGAUAUUGGUUUACCAGAAAUAACCCCCAAACUUGAGCGACUGGACAGUAAGACAGAUCCUGCCAGUAACACAAAAUUAAUAGCAAUGAAAACUGAGAAGGAGGAGAUGAGCUUUGAGCCUGGUGACCAGCCUGGCAGUGAGCUGGACAACUUGGAGGAGAUUUUGGAUGAUUUGCAGAAUAGUCAAUUACCACAGCUUUUCCCAGACACGAGGCCAGGCGCCCCUGCUGGAUCAGUUGACAAGCAAGCCAUCAUCAAUGACCUCAUGCAACUCACAGCUGAAAACAGCCCUGUCACACCUGUUGGAGCCCAGAAAACAGCACUGCGAAUUUCACAGAGCACUUUUAAUAACCCACGACCAGGGCAACUGGGCAGGUUAUUGCCAAACCAGAAUUUACCACUUGACAUCACAUUGCAAAGCCCAACUGGUGCUGGACCUUUCCCACCAAUCAGAAACAGUAGUCCCUACUCAGUGAUACCUCAGCCAGGAAUGAUGGGUAAUCAAGGGAUGAUAGGAAACCAAGGAAAUUUAGGGAACAGUAGCACAGGAAUGAUUGGUAACAGUGCUUCUCGGCCUACUAUGCCAUCUGGAGAAUGGGCACCGCAGAGUUCGGCUGUGAGAGUCACCUGUGCUGCUACCACCAGUGCCAUGAACCGGCCAGUCCAAGGAGGUAUGAUUCGGAACCCAGCAGCCAGCAUCCCCAUGAGGCCCAGCAGCCAGCCUGGCCAAAGACAGACGCUUCAGUCUCAGGUCAUGAAUAUAGGGCCAUCUGAAUUAGAGAUGAACAUGGGGGGACCUCAGUAUAGCCAACAACAAGCUCCUCCAAAUCAGACUGCCCCAUGGCCUGAAAGCAUCCUGCCUAUAGACCAGGCGUCUUUUGCCAGCCAAAACAGGCAGCCAUUUGGCAGUUCUCCAGAUGACUUGCUAUGUCCACAUCCUGCAGCUGAGUCUCCGAGUGAUGAGGGAGCUCUCCUGGACCAGCUGUAUCUGGCCUUGCGGAAUUUUGAUGGCCUGGAGGAGAUUGAUAGAGCCUUAGGAAUACCCGAACUGGUCAGCCAGAGCCAAGCAGUAGAUCCAGAACAGUUCUCAAGUCAGGAUUCCAACAUCAUGCUGGAGCAGAAGGCGCCCGUUUUCCCACAGCAGUAUGCAUCUCAGGCACAAAUGGCCCAGGGUAGCUAUUCUCCCAUGCAAGAUCCAAACUUUCACACCAUGGGACAGCGGCCUAGUUAUGCCACACUCCGUAUGCAGCCCAGACCGGGCCUCAGGCCCACGGGCCUAGUGCAGAACCAGCCAAAUCAACUAAGACUUCAACUUCAGCAUCGCCUCCAAGCACAGCAGAAUCGCCAGCCACUUAUGAAUCAAAUCAGCAAUGUUUCCAAUGUGAACUUGACUCUGAGGCCUGGAGUACCAACACAGGCACCUAUUAAUGCACAGAUGCUGGCCCAGAGACAGAGGGAAAUCCUGAACCAGCAUCUUCGACAGAGACAAAUGCAUCAGCAACAGCAAGUUCAGCAACGAACUUUGAUGAUGAGAGGACAAGGGUUGAAUAUGACACCAAGCAUGGUGGCUCCUAGUGGUAUGCCAGCAACUAUGAGCAACCCUCGGAUUCCCCAGGCAAAUGCACAGCAGUUUCCAUUUCCUCCAAACUACGGUACUGGACUUACAUCCCCACCACCUUUCACCAGUCCUUUCUCCCCAGUGUCCCCCAGUGUUGGGUCACAGCUCCUCUCUCACAGCUCUUUGCAUGGCUCCCAGAUGAAUCUGGCUAACCAGGGAAUGAUAGGAAACCUGGGAGGACAGUUGGGGCCUGUGAGGAGUCCCCAAGUCCAGCACAGUACCUUCCAGGCUCUCAGCUCAGGAAUAAGUCAGCAACCUGAUCCAGGCUUUACUGGGGCUACGACUCCCCAGAGCCCACUUAUGUCACCCCGAAUGGCACAUACACAGAGUCCCAUGAUGCAACAGUCUCAGGCCAACCCAGCCUAUCAGGCCCCCUCCGACAUAAAUGGAUGGGCGCAGGGGAACAUGGGCGGAAACAGCAUGUUUUCCCAGCAGUCCCCACCACACUUUGGGCAGCAAGCAAACACCAGCAUGUACAGUAACAACAUGAACAUCAAUGUGUCCAUGGCGACCAACACAGGUGGCAUGAGCAGCAUGAACCAGAUGACAGGACAGAUCAGCAUGACCUCAGUGACCUCCGUGCCUACGUCAGGGCUGUCCUCCAUGGGUCCCGAGCAGGUUAAUGAUCCUGCUCUGAGGGGAGGCAACCUGUUCCCAAACCAGCUGCCUGGAAUGGAUAUGAUUAAGCAGGAGGGAGACACAACACGGAAAUAUUGCUGACACUGCUGAAGCCAGUUGCUUCUUCAGCUGACCGGGCUCACUUGCUCAAAACACUUCCAGUCUGGAGAGCUGUGUCUGUUUGUUUCAACCCAACUGACCUGCCAGCCGGUUCUGCUAGAGCAGACAGGCCUGGCCCUGGUUCCCAGGGUGGCGUCCACUCGGCUGUGGCAGGAGGAGCUGCCUCUUCUCUUGACAGUCUGAAGCUCGCAUCCAGACAGUCGCUCAGUCUGUUCACUGCAUUCACCUUAGUGCAACUUAGAUCUCUCCUGCAAAAGUAAAUGUUGACAGGCAAAUUUCAUACCCAUGUCAGAUUGAAUGUAUUUAAAUGUAUGUAUUUAAGGAGAACCAUGCUCUUGUUCUGUUCCUGUUCGGUUCCAGACACUGGUUUCUUGCUUUGUUUUCCCUGGCUAACAGUCUAGUGCAAAAGAUUAAGAUUUUAUCUGGGGGAAAGAAAAGAAUUUUUUAAAAAAUUAAACUAAAGAUGUUUUAAGCUAAAGCCUGAAUUUGGGAUGGAAGCAGGACAGACACCGUGGACAGCGCUGUAUUUACAGACACACCCAGUGCGUGAAGACCAACAAAGUCACAGUCGUAUCUCUAGAAAGCUCUAAAGACCAUGUUGGAAAGAGUCUCCAGUUACUGAACAGAUGAAAAGGAGCCUGUGAGAGGGCUGUUAACAUUAGCAAAUAUUUUUUCCUUGUUUUUUCUUUGUUAAAACCAAACUGGUUCACCUGAAUCAUGAAUUGAGAAGAAAUAAUUUUCAUUUCUAAAUUAAGUCCCUUUUAGUUUGAUCAGACAGCUUGAAUCAGCAUCUCUUCUUCCCUGUCAGCCUGACUCUUCCCUUCCCCUCUCUCAUUCCCCAUACUCCCUACUUUCAUUCCUUUUUUAAAAAAUAAUAUAAGCUACAGAAACCAGGUAAGCCCUUUAUUUCCUUAAAUGUUUUGCCAGCCACUUACCAAUUGCUAAGUAUUGAAUUUCAGAAAAAAAAAUGCAUUUACUGGCAAGGAGAGGAGCAAAGUUAAGGCUUGAUACCAAUCGAGCUAAGGAUACCUGCUUUGGAAGCAUGUUUAUUCUGUUCCCCAGCAACUCUGGCCUCCAAAAUGGGAGAAAACGCCAGUGUGUUUAAAUUGAUAGCAGAUAUCACGACAGAUUUAACCUCUGCCAUGUGUUUUUUAUUUUGUUUUUUAGCAGUGCUGACUAAGCCGAAGUUUUGUAAGGUACAUAAAAUCCAAUUUAUAUGUAAACAAGCAAUAAUUUAAGUUGAGAACUUAUGUGUUUUAAUUGUAUAAUUUUUGUGAGGUAUACAUAUUGUGGAAUUGACUCAAAAAUGAGGUACUUCAGUAUUAAAUUAGAUAUCUUCAUAGCAAUGUCUCCUAAAGGUGUUUUGUAAAGGAUAUCAAUGCCUUGAUUAGACCUAAUUUGUAGACUUAAGACUUUUUAUUUUCUAAACCUUGUGAUUCUGCUUAUAAGUCAUUUAUCUAAACUAUAUGAUAUGCAGCCGCUGUAGGAACCAAUUCUUGAUUUUUAUAUGUUUAUAUUCUUUCUUAAUGAACCUUAGAAAGACUACAUGUUACUAAGCAGGCCACUUUUAUGGUUGUUUUUCUUGCCCACUCUGGUAGGGGAAAAAUCUUUUAUUAAUAGGUGUCAGUUUCAGACAACUGCAAUACCAAGAAACUGAUGACCUUUUUUGAGCUAUUUCUCCUUAACCCCUAAUACCUUUCUUACCUAAAUUUCAGAAUGAUAUCUUUUUGAUGUCUAAAAAGCAAAGCAUUUUAUAAUAUCUCAUUAGCCAGGCUUUUUAGGAACAGAGAAGUUUUUCCUUGAAAUUUGAUUGUUUGUUUAUUUGUGGCAGGGUGAAAAAUGUACAAACUACCCCUAUUUAUACUUAUAUCUCUCUCUAUAUGUACACAUUAUGGAAAUAUAGAAAGAGAUAUAGCCCAAAGAUAGAUGGUAAGUAGACAGUCUGAAAAUGUUGCUCCAUACUAAAGAACCUUUCUGGAAAUUUGCAUUUCGCUACUUUUUUCCACUUGAGAGGGGUCUCAAUACAGGGAGGUGGCCAAGGAACAACACUUCUCAGUGGCCACCAGUUCAUAUAUCCCCUCAAAAGGCUCUACUUUUCUCCACCAAACCAUUGGGUUGCCCAACUGUGAUGGAAAAAACAAGCAGAUGUUGGCCCAGAACUCCAGGACCUCCCCAUGGGCUGAGGCACACACACAAUUCAGUGUGACCAGUUUUAAUGUUCAGAAAUAUGUGAAUGAGAAUGACUUUUAACUUCACACAGCACAAAAGAGAAAUGGAGUUUAAACUGGAUUUGUUUUGUUUUGAGUUUCAAGUCCCUUUUCACUACAACACCGUCCAAAACUAUCUACCUAUCUCUUCUUUUUUAUCCAUCUGCCCGCUGUAUUUUAAUGUCAAUCCUAAUUCAGACAAAUCCGCAACUUCAUGAUACUGGUAAUUUAUAAUAAUUUGUGAUCAUUGCUGUUUUGAAGGAAAAGAGACGAUAAAUUAUCUUACGGUUUCAAUCAGGUAAUGGAUUUUGUUUUACAUCUAGUUAGGAGAAGAAAAGUAAGUGAAGGAAUCCUCUGAUCAUAUUGAUCACUAUAGAAGCAAAAGCCAAAUCAGUUCCCUUCAUUAUCAGUAUUUCUCAUGCUGUACACAAUAAAUUUGUUAGACUGAGUACUUGGUUUUUGUUUAAUAGAACAAAUAAUCAGUGUUUCACUUAUAUUACUAAAUGUGAAAAACAUAAUGUGAAAAGUAUACAUACAUUAACUUGGUUGUAAAACUCAUUUUAAGUGUUCAUGUAAUGUGGUAAGUUUAAAAAGUGAAGUGAGCUGUUUUACUACAAUGAAUUCGUUUGACUCAAAGAUUAAAAUGCCCCUCCCCCUAUGUGUAUCUCUUAUGGCCUGUAAUAAUUGAAAGCAAUGUUUUUGCAGUUUAUAUAAUGCAAUUUUUAAUCUGUGUUCAAAAAUGGAGUUCAUAUGGGCUUAACACAUGAAAUGGGUGGCACAGAUCCACUUGCAGAACCCAAAGAUACACAAUCAAUUUUGAAAUGCAACUUAAGCCAUUAAUUGUUGGUGUGAAUUUAAAAUUUUCUAGUGUUUGUAUGGUAGUAUGCUGCCUAAGAGCAAAGCAUUCUCUGCACAAAAGAAAAUUACUGUAGUGGCUUCGAUUUUAAUUAGAAUUUUCUCCCUGGUGUUUCUUUAUAGACUAAAACAAAAUCUUUUAAGUUUCUUACUACAGGUAAAAGCUAUGUGCAAGAACCUCAAAAUGCUAAAAUCUAGCAUAAUGCCUUAGAUCUGUUUUUAAGUCUUGUAUAUUCCUACAUAGCUGUCCGAUGUAUUAUAUUUGUAUAGUGAAUUGUGUACAAUUUUUGAAUAAGUGCAUCAUCACUUAACCUUUAUGUUGUUUGAAUAGUGAUGAUGAUACAUUUCUUCAAACAUUUAACUGUCAUUUUUUUCCUUUGUCAUUUGUGAGUUUUAUUUGUACAGUUCCUCAUGAAGUUGCAUCUGAGAUGUGUGUAUAUGAAAAGAUUAUACAAGGGUAAAAUUAAGCAAUAUAUUAACUAUGGUUCUUCAGGAGAAAGCUUACAGUGUUUCAGGUUGUGAUUUAUUUUCAAAAUGGAGUUGACUCUGAACAUCACUUUGUUCACCUGCAUUGAUGUUUGUAUUUCUAGUGUGAGCAGUUUAUGCAAAGGUAGAUAUAUUCAGAGAAAUUUUAAAUACAUUUAUGCAAGUUAAUAUUGCUUUGCUGAUGCUAUUUGCUUAUUUGAUGUUAAAUAAUGCUAUUGUAAAUAAAGAAUUCUGUUGUUAUUGCAUCAUUUAAUAAAUUUUAAUGCCUUCGGGUUUUA